AUGGUUUCCGCAAUGAUUUUUCCGCAACAUCCACUCAAGAGAGGGAGAGAUGGUUUCCGCAAUGAUUUUUCCGCAAACAAUCCACUCAAGAGAGGGAGAGAUGGUUUCCGCAAUGAUUUUUCCAACGCCGUCAACAACAACGACAACAACAAAAGGCAGAGAAUAAGUGAUGGGGAAGUCCCUGCUGGGAUCAAUUCGAGUCCCCCCCAUCUGCUGUUCUUUUCCCCUUCACAAGUUCGCCGCCAGAUGAUAUAA